UUACAUUUCUCGAGUUUCUCCGCUUAACCAGUAGGCGGCGUCGCAGGGCAGACAGACACACAAGAAGAGCUUCAAUUCCAUCAACCCUACACCGACAAUGGGGAUCGAUAUCGUCGCAGGAGGUAAGAGCAAGAAGUCCAAGAGAACCGCCCCCAAGUCCGAUGAUAUCUAUCUCAAGCUUCUCGUCAAGCUUUACCGCUUUCUCGUGCGGAGGACUGGUAGUAAGUUCAAUGCAGUGAUUCUCAAGCGCUUGUUCAUGAGCAAGGUCAACAAACCACCGCUUUCCCUUUCUAGACUGAUCCGCUUCAUGCAGGGGAAGGAGUCUAAGAUUGCUGUGGUAGUUGGGACUGUGACGGAUGAUAUCCGUGUUUAUGAUGUUCCUGCUUUGAAGGUCACAGCCCUAAGGUUUACCGAGACGGCAAGAGCAAGAAUCGAAAAGGCUGGAGGGGAGUGCCUUACCUUUGAUCAGCUUGCUUUGAAGGCACCAUUGGGCCAGAACACGGUUCUUCUUAGAGGUCCUAAGAAUGCACGUGAGGCAGUGAAACACUUUGGUCCUGCUCCUGGUGUGCCGCACAGUCACACGAAACCAUAUGUGCGGUCAAAGGGAAGGAAGUUUGAGAGGGCUAGAGGGAAGAGGAACAGCAGGGGAUUUAGGGUUUAAGCUGAGUUUAGUUGUUGAAAUCGAACAUGUGUCGUUUCUGACUGGCAAUUCAAUUUUGCAUUGUGUUAGGUUUUCUGUGGUCUGUUACUAUUUUGUUUCCCGUUGGGAUUAUUGUAUUUCCAGAGUUUAUGCUUGCAUUAGUACUCUAGUUGUUUUUGAUCAAGUUAUAAAAUGGCGUUUAUACUUUUUAAGGCAUCUA